AUGGCAACCACCGAGGCCGGGGUUCUAGUCACGAUAUGGAUCCUCUUUGCUCUCUCCACGACGUUCCUUGGCCUGCGCCUGUGGUGUCGUCACCACUAUACUGCGGGUGUCUGGUGGGAUGACUUCAUCCUCAUCGGCGGCUGGGGCUGCGUCGUCGCCGCCAAUAUAUCCGCAUCCAUCUACGUCGCCGCUCAUCCCGCCGAUGGCAAUUUCAGCCUUCUGUUCGCCAAGGUUGCGGCUGCAAUCGCCUGCGCGCUGACCAAGACCGCUUUCUGCACCACAAUUUUGAGGCUGCUGAGCCCGGCACACCACCCUGCGUGGAGAUGGUUUGCCUGGUACCUCAUGGUAUCUUUCGACUUGGCGACUAUCCUGCUAGUCAUCCGGCAGUGGGCUAGGCAGUGUGUGUUCGAGUAUGAAGACGGCGAUGUGCGGUUGACGAACCCAUUGGGCAGAGGUCAAUGUUGGCCAAAUGAGGUUGUGACUGGAAUUGCAGAUUUCCACAUGGCUUAUUCCGCGGCCACAGACUUCAUCCUAUCCCUUAUUCCCUUGCAUCUCAUUUGCCGCCUCCGGCUUAGUCGAACAGAGAAAGUAGGAGCGGCCACGGCUAUGGGCUGUGGAAUACUAGUGUCCAUCGUUCCACUGUGCAAGCUGAUUGUCUCGCAGCGAAUGCGAGGCACUCCAGGAUUCACAAAAUGGUUCAUUGUGUCAAUGUGCCUCGACAUCAUCGAGCCGCUUUUGACCAUCGUUGCGCAAUCUAUACCCAUUCUCCGCGUGCUCCUCCGUGACAGAGCCACAGGCCGCGAAAGCUCAAGAUAUGUUACCAUUCUGGAGGAAGAGAGCUCGAGUUGCGUGAGCAAGCUCAAGUCACCCGCUGAGCGAUACACCUCAAGUCUAGCCAGUAAAUCCCGCCUUAACUACCCGCAACUGGAGACAAGGCCAUCAAUUAGGAGCUUUAACAAUGCAACACACCUUCCUGAAUGCCCAGCCGGCUGCCAUGUAAGAUAUGCAGGAGAGGCUUAUGUGCUGUGA